CUUCCAUCAUCAAGAAUAGAAGUUCUCGUUUAGCCAAGUACACGUCAGGGAUUCUUGUUGGCCGAAAGCUAGGUUAUCUUCUCUAAGGGCCCCUGUGCAUAUAGCUAGCUACAGCUCUAGGCCCUCCAGGCAAGCGGACUCCCAAAGGAACCGCUCACAAUGUCUGGCCAUUUCGCAGACUAGGGACCCAUGCUCGUGUGGAACCCCGCUGCCAGCUCUAGCCGGCGCUCGUUCAGCGUUGGGCAGCUGGGCGUAACCGCGGCCUUCGCUCUGGCGCAUGAUGGGGACCUACUCUUUCCAGGGGCGGGCAGCGAUGCACGAGAGCUGCACGCAAGCCUAAGGUCCUGCGACGAGUUCGGCUACCCCAUGAAAAAAUGCCGCAGCCAUCAGAGCAUGGCACCCACAUCUGAAACGGUCAUGGAGGAGGACGACUUGAUGCCGCCGGCUUAUGCGGUCGCUUCCGCACCCUCCAACGCGGUGCCAACGCUGGACGACCCCGACGCCUGCGGCUGCGGCUCCCCGCGUGCGCAUGACCUGUGCUGCGGCGAGGGCAGCGCCCAGGCGGGCGCCGACACCCGCCGCGCUCUGUCACGCUUCGCCGGCAACGACGGCUCCGACCAGCAGCGCGCGGCCGGCGCUGCUACUGCCGUGGCCCCCGCAGCCGUGGCCGCUGCCACCGCCGAAGCCACCGUGGAGCACAGCGCCACUGCCAGCACCACGCUCUCCUCCCUCAGCGGCGCCAGCUCACCCGCAAUGCAGGCGCAGCUGCGAUCCAUCGGACUUGAGUCCUUGGCGGCGGCGGCGGCAGCCGCCGCUGCCGGCAAGGGCGUCAGCGCGCACGCUGUGGUGUCCGCGGUACCAAGCCCGUGCUAUCAGCCGGCGCCGGCGCCGGCGCCAGCCCCCGCCCCAGCGCAGGCGCAGGCGCAGGCUAUGCGGCAGCGCUCUCAGGGCAUGGACCGCAGCAACAGCAGCGACUCGGACGGCGACGACUGCGGCGGCAGCCUGAUUGGCCCCUUUGGCAUGCUGUCGGCGUCGCAGUGGGAUGAGCUGAACGACGCCAUACGGCAGCGCAAAUCCGACGGGCCGCUACGCCGUGCCGGCGGCGCCGCCACCGUUGCCUCCGCGCCCGUGGUGGUCAGCUGCGACGGCGGCGCCGCCGGCGGCGGCGGCGGCUGCCACCCGUCGGAGCCUGCCGUCGUCAGCGUCAGCGCGCGAGUGGCGGGCAAGGGCUCUGGCUCGCUUGCCUCUGCGCCGGCGGCGACUCUGUCUGCCGCCGCUGCCGCCGCCGCUGACGUGGCUUCCUCCGGCUCCGCCUGCGUCUGCGCGCUUGCGACCGCCACCACGGCCACCAGCUGCAGCAGCGGCUGCGGCGCCGCCGCCGCCACCGAGCUGCCCGCCUCCUUUUUUGUGGCGCUGCCCGGCAAGCCCGCGGCGCUGCCCACGCCGCCGCAGCACCAGGAGCAUCGGGAGCUGAUGCGGAACAGCAGUAGCGGCUGCAGCGCCACAAGCAGCGCGCAGCGCAACGCCGCCGCCGGCACUCCGAGCGCCGUGUACGGCAGCGGCGCCUUCGGCAGCACCAGCAUGGCGGGCGGCGACUCGGCCGCCGCCAACGUGCAGCCGCAGCCGCAGUCGCAGUCGCAGCAGCUGCACCACCUCCAACACCAGGGGCCGGAGCAGCAGCAGCUGCAGCUGCAGAAGCAGCACAACCUGCACGACGGCGGCGAGAGCGGCUCCGCCUCAUCCAUCGCCUCGCUAUGGUCGGCGGUGCAGCAGGUCGCCGCCACCACACACCGCGCCGCCGCACCGCCGCAGCAGGCCGCGUCGGCCUCGGCCGCCGCCUGCGCCGCCGCGGCCGCGGCCUCCGCCGCUGCGGCGGAGCGCGCGGCCGACGCGGCGGCGGCGGCCGCCGCCAUCGCGGCCGGCGCCGACGGCACCGACUACGACAGCACGGACGACUCGGCGGUUGCGGAGCAGCAGCGCAGCAACCACCAGUCGCACCUGCUGGUGUCGGCGGCGGCCGCCAGCCACGCCGCCAGCCACGCCGCCGCCUACAACCAGUACACCGCCUCCGCCUCAGUGGGGAGCGGCGCCAGCGGCACGAGCUGCGCCAGCGGCGCCAGCGGCUGCGGCUUCGGGUUCCGCUACGGCAACGUGUCGCUGGCCCAAGGCGUCGGCUUGGGCGGCGCGGAGCCGCACCAGGGCCCCGCUAGCGGCUUUGAGGGCUGGGCCGGCGGCGCCAACUGCAACGGCAGCAGCAGCAGCAGCGGCGCGCAGGCUGUGUCCGCCGGCCGUGUGCCGCCGGCCAUCCGCACAAGCUCCGCCAGCGCCGCCGCGGCGGCGGGCUUCGGCGGCUUUGGCGCCUUCGGUCUCGGCAGCGGCCGCACCGGUCCGGCGCCGCGCGUGCCGUCACACACCGCCUCCGGUGGCCACUGCACCAGCCCGCUGCGCUUCGAGAGCCGCGCCGACGGCGCCCAGCGCACCCCCUCACACCUGGCUGCCUCCCAACAUGGCCAACACCAGCACCAGCCGAUGCCGGCUAUGGCCAUGUCGGAGGCGGACUACCACUUGGGCAGCUCGCGCUACACGCACCACACCAGCUACGCGCCCGGCGGCGCCGCCGGCAUGUGUGACGGGCCCUGCGGCGGCGGCGGCACGUGCCGCUCGCACCCGCACUGCAACGGCAACGGCGGUGAGGGCUCGCCCCACGGCAGCCCGCGCCUGCGGGCCUCGUCCCUCGCCGUCACGGGCGGCGGCGGAGCCCUGGCGGCUUCGCUGCGCCCCGUUGCGGACAGCCCGCCGGCGCACCUGGCGCACCACCACGCGCACACGCUGCAGGCCUACUACAGCCACGCGCCCGGGUGCGAUAGCCCGCACCAGGCGCACAACGCCCACGCCGCGACGGCGGCGGCGCUGCCGGCGGCGCUGCUUGCUGAGCUGGAUAGGGAGGUGCCGCGGCCGGCCUCGGGCGGCCACGCCCACGUGCACCAAAGCCACUCUCACCACUCGCCGCACCACAGCCACUCCCGCCAGUCGCCGCACCACUCGCCGCACCACUCGCACCACCACUCGCACCACCACUCGCACCACUACUCGCAGCAGCAGCAGCAGCAGCAGCAGCAGCAGCAGCAGCUGGAGCAGCAGGACCACGAGCACGAGCUGCGGCGGCAGACGGACCAGCUGCAGGCGGAGCAGCAGCAGCUGGCGGCGGCGGAGGCGGCGGCGGCGGCGCACGCGCAGCAGGUCGCCUACCUGCAGCAUCAGAUGCAGCAGCACCGCCUGGCGCUCAUGCACCAGCACAGCAGCAGCAGCUUGCGCUCGUCGCUGAACGGCCACACCAACACCACCUCGGCCCUUCGGCUGCGCGAGGUGGACGAGGCCGACCAGCACAGCGACGACGACGAGGCGCACGACGCCAUCCUCGCUGCCAGCCGCGCCGCACGCGCCGGCUCCAGCUCCUUCUCCAGCGCCGCCGCCGGCAUGAGCGCCCGGCCCCACGCAGCCGCCGCCGCGCACCACCACUCGCACUCCCACUCCUCCCAUUCCCACUCCCAAGCCCACUCCCACCACCCGCCGCCGCUGCACCACCAGUACUCGCACCAGCACUACUCCCAGCCGUACCCGCAGCAGCAGCGCGGCGCGGCGGUGGCGGCGCCCGCCUCCGGCGGCUCCGUCAGCAGCUCGGCAUCGGACGGCAACCACCCGACGCGCGUGCUGCUGACGCAAAGCUCCUCCAUGCAGCUCCCCGCGCAGCAGUCACAGCAGCAGCAGCAGUCGCAGCAGCGGCGCUCGGUAGACUCGGCUUCGCCGCGCCUGAUGGCGGCGGCGGCGGCGGCGGGCGGCCACGGCGUUGCCUUCCAGCACCAGCACUCGGGCAGCCUGGCGGCGCAGCUGCACGCGCAGCACCAGGUGCAGGCGCAGGUGCAGGCGCAGGCGCACGCGCAGGCGCACGGCCACACGCAACCCCCGCUGCACUCGGGCGCCUACCCGCGCACCACCGCCGCCGCCAACGCGGCGGCGGCGGCGGCCGCCGCCAACGGCCCCCAGUCGCCCGGCGCCGCCUCCUUCCGCCGCAGCACAGUCAGCAUGGCGCCGCCGCCGUCGUACACGACGUACGGCUACCGCCGCGCGAGGUCCUCGCUGGCGGCGCUGGACGGCCCCGCCGCCUGCGCCGCCUGCGGCGCCGUCGGCGGCGGCUGCGCCUGCGGCGAGGACAGCGACAGCAGCGACGACACGGAGGAGGCCACGCGCCGCAUCACCGCCGCCUUCCGCACACACACGGGCAUGGGCGGCCGCAGCACAGGGCUGGGGCUGCUGGGGCCGGCGGAGUCGGCGCCCACCACGCCCACCGCGGACGCGGCGGCGGUGGCGGCGCGGCGCGACCCGUGGGCCAGCGGCGGCAUGAACAGCGGCAACCUGGCGGCGGCGGUGGGCGUGGUGGGCCAGGCGGCGUCCAGCGCUGGCAAUGGCGGCGGCGGCGAGGGCGGGGAGAGCGGCGCGGGUGCGGGUACGGGUGCGGGUGAGGAGGACGGCAACGGCCUGACUCGCAAGCGCAGCAGCUACCACCUGACCAACAGCCACGCGGCGGUGGAGCUGUUCCUGCGCCUCAACCACGCGCGCCAGACCAUGGACUUCGUCAAGCGCCAGACGCAGCUGUUCGCGGCUCUGGACAAGAGCGAGAUGUCUGUGUGGGAGGCGCUGCACAGCCUGGACGAGCUGAGGGAGUACGAGGCGGUGCUCAUGGCGGAGCAGGCCGGGGAGGCGCAGGAGGUGUCGGAGCUGGGUCUGCUGGAUCACGCCUUCCAGACCGCCGAGCUGUGCCGCCUGCACCACCCCGACCUGGAGUGGAUGCACCUGGUGGGACUCAUACACGGACUGGGCAAGCUGCUGGCGCACCGCAUGCUGGGCUCGCAGCCCCAGUGGGCCAUCUGCGGCGAGACCUACCCGCUGGGCUGCCGCUUCAGCCCGCACAUCCUGGGCGCCCAGUACUUCACCGCCAACCCCGACCGCCGCCGCCGCCUGUACAACACACAGACCGGCAUCUACGGCCCCGGCUGCGGCCUGCUCAACGUGGUGAUGAGCUGGUCGGGCCCCGAGUACCUGUACCUGGUGCUGCUGCUCAACCAGGCCAAGCUGCCGCAGGACGCGGUGUGGCUGCUGCGCCACUCCAAGUUUUCCACCCUGACGCGGCCUCACUCGUGCUACCUGCCGCUGUGCGGCGCCGACGACCUGCGGCGCCUGCCGCUGCUGCGCUCCUUCCAGGCGCUGUCCGCCUACCGCCGCACGCCGCUGCCCGAGGGCUUCGCGCUGCAGGGCGCCGCGCGCACCGCUUACUACACCGGCCUCAUAGACAAGUACAUCGGCGGCGGCAAGCUGCGCUGGUAGAGUGGGGAUUGUUGGCGGGGUGGCGGAGCGGUGGAGUUUGGGUGAAGUUGGGGUGGAGUUGGGUUGGGGAAGUAAUGGGGCAGAGGUAAAGCAGGGGGAGGCACAGGAGGAGGGAAGGAGCGGCGAUGGACGGCUCCGGCCGUGCGGCCUGCUGUGGGCUCGGAGGGCUGUUGGUGGCAGAGGUUGCUUGGGGGGUAGUUUGUUCCAAUCUCAAGUAAACCAAGACCGAGCACCAGCCCACAGAGUGCUCCCGGCCGGGGGUCCCGGCCAAGGGUAGGGACAUGGCCUCUGGCGGGGUGAGUGCUUGAAGCGGACGGGCUGACACGGACACGGACACGAGAGAAGACACAAUAACAAUAUAAUCCUUGCGGUAAACGCUGUGAACUCGGGGAUGCAGCAGUCUGAUAUAGCCAGAUAAGAAGAGACAUUGGCAUACGUUUGCAGACAUGCUAGUUGGAAGCUGUGUUGUUGGUGGGUCAACGGUGUUUCUAGUUCUAUGCUUUGCUCUGUCACCAGAGCUAGGUGCGAAGCAUAAGGAGUGGCGGGCUUGUGUGUGCGUGUGUGCACUUUGUGCAUGGCCGCAUGCGACAUGACGUAAAGUCCUGGCUGGGCGUGUGCCUGUCUCUGAGCGCAGGGCUAGGUGUUGGAGGGGCUGCGGUCGCGAGCGCAGCAUUAGCUAUGCCUGGGCAGGAAUGCGGCAAGACGAUGCAAGAUUUGGUUGCCAUAAAUGUCCGAAUGCGGUCAAGAGGGAAAGAAAGUAGGCGCCGGUGCUUUUGCGCUUCCGUGUGGUUUUAAAGACUGCGCGGGUGCACAGCCGUGCACAUCACUGCCGCUGUGGCGUCAGUAGCAGGCAGCUGGAGUUUGAGGAGCCACACACGGAGCGGGAAGCAUGGAGCAGAUGUGUUUGACAAUGUGAGGGUUUAUACAACAUGGCCGACCACGCACACCUCAUUGCUGUGGCGCCCCCUCAACAAAUUUUGUACUCACGUUUGUGGUCGAGUGUUUGGUGUGGGAUUACCUUUUAAAGGUGUUGGCCGGCCGGCUGGGUUUGCUCAGGCCGAGAUAUAAAAACCGGAGCCCGAGCCCGUGCACGUUUGUUUUUGACAGCAACUGCCGGUCGGGCUGAGAGUGGCUAUUGCAAGAAAGAAACGGGUGGUGGUGCACGGGCGGUUUUUGUGCUGAUCUGACGGUUGGCUGGCGAAUGGGUCCACGUCACAACAGCAACAAUGAUUUACUUGACUGCCAGCUGGCCGCCAGCUGGUGCUUUCACUUCGCUUUGAUUCCAGUCUGGUGUACAUUUGGUAUUAUUCCAGUCGUGAGAGAACCCACAGCACGUUAAGUACGUGAGCCGGCUUGUUGCGGACGGAAUUGAGGACGCUAAGUGCGAGGGCGGUGACGAGGCGGGUCCCUCCUUGGCUCGCCUGACCUAAUACGGCGUGUCAGAGAGUUUUGGUGAGUUGCUUACGCUGGAUCUAGUUGGAGGCAAGGAGACAGUAGUACGUAUGGGUUGCGGUUCACAGGCGUUUGAGCGAGUCCUGGCGGCAGCGGAAUGUGGCGGCAGCGCUGUGCCUUGCGUUGCGGUUGGCAUAGAGCGGAGUGCAGAAAGAGCUGGACAUGAGUGCACAUGUACACACACACAGUAACAGGGCGCAGCGGGCAUGGAUAUGUCCGGCCGAGAGGGAGAGAGGGAGAGCGCGCGAGGGAAGAGAGAGGACGAGGGCUGGAGAGGAGAGUUGCACGCGCUGCACUUGCACUGCUACGAAGGGGCCGCAAUGCUGUAACACAUAAACACA